CUCUACGCUACUGGGGACGUUUUAGCAGCGCCGGGCUUAUCGCGCAAUAGCAACGCGACGUUAUUCCGGUGGUUAAUUUUCAACACCAAACCCGUCGAGGGAACCCCCCCCCCCCAAAUGGACCUAUCCGAGCAGAUUAACCAGCUGGAGGCCGACCUGCAGGAACUGGGAGCCCUGUUGGAGAAAGCAGAGAGGAAGAGAGUGCAAGAGGUGCUGAGGCAGGAACAGAAGAAGGUGGAGAAGGAAAUCGCUGCCAAACAGCAGAAAAAAGAGCAACAGGCUAGGAGAGAGGCAGACCUGACCUCCGCUGGCAAAGCUGCAUACACAGUGAAGAUCACCAACUAUGCUUGGGACCAGUCGGACAAAUUUGUCAAAAUUUACCUCACACUGAAGGGAGUGCACAAGAUUCCAUCAGAAAAUGUGGAGGUCAGCUUCACAGAAAGGUCAUUUUCUGUUUUGGUGAAGGAUCUAGAUGGGAAGAACCACCAGAUGACCAUUAUCAAUCUACUGUGUCCAGUCGAUGCAAAGGACAGCUUUAAAAAGAUAAAGACAGACAUGGUCCUGGUUAUGUGUAAGAAGCAGACAGCCAAGAAGUGGGAGUGCCUAACACAGGUUGAAAAGCAAACUAAAGAAAAAGACAAACCCCCCAUGGAUGAGAACGCAGACCCCAGUGAAGGCCUGAUGAACAUGCUGAAGAAGAUAUACUCCGAGGGAGACGACGAGAUGAAGAGGACCAUCAACAAGGCUUGGACAGAAUCCCAGGAAAAGAAGAUGAAAGGAGAGGAUAUGAUGGACUUUUGAGCCGAGCGAUAUCACCUGUCCCUUAUCCAGACUAAGUAAAUGAGCAGUCGGAUUGAAAAGGCUACAGCGUGAGACGAGAAACAAUAUUUAUUACCCGCUUGACCAAUAAUAUUGAUGCCCUAGUUGGCCCACUUUGGCCCCGUUUUGAAAACCAAGCAGCAGCCGUCAUGGUAGUCAGAAAUGGGGGUACGGUGCGUAAACAUUUGUCGGAAAAACUUUAAUGAUGUGGUUCCAAUACUGGGGUGCUACACACAUAAACAGCAAGAAAUCAUUCUGCUUCAUAAUUUGGAGGGGGAAAAAAAGAAAUAUAUAAAACAAAAAAGCAUUUCAUACUUGUCUUCCCCGAUAUGAGUCUUUCUGUAUCCUCAUUUCAGAAUUCCUUAAACUUGAUACGGUCGAUAUGAAGUGAAAAAUGUACAAACAUGAAACUAUCAGCCACAUUUAAACGGAAAACUCUACAUUCCGAUGGUGUCGUGCUAAAUUUAUUCAAUUAAAUGCUGUUUGACGAAUGAAAACAUUUCCCAGUAUAUUUGCCCAGUCAGACACCCCGCGUGGUUCAGUGGAGACGACUUGGGGCUUUUUCUCCUCAGGAAGAGGGAGGAAAAAGUGGUCCCGUUGUCGUAAUUCUGGUUUCUUUCUAGCUGCCAAAUGAUGCUUUUGAUUUUUAUACGGCACCUCUUACGCAUUCAUCCCACACAAGUCGCAUCAGUUUUUUCCAACAACACUCUCGAGACAUCUGGUAAAAGUUUGCCAUUUAGUGAUGUACGUUACGGAGGGUCGUCCUACAGUUGUUUGGAUUGAAGGGGUUUGACAUUCCGACAUUUAAAUAUGCUUAAUUGUGUUUUACAUUAAUUUUGUCUUAGUUCUUUUUUUUGUUUUUUUGUAACCACUUCAUUUUUUCCUGUGAACAAAACGUUUGUAAAAAUGUGCUCGAGCCAAAGUUGAGCUGUUUUGUUUUUCUUAAUGUCUUUUAUGCAUGCUAAUAAUCCAGGUGAGAAAAUCCCCAGGUUGACUCGGUUCAUCUGGACAAACCCUCUCUCAAUAAACGUGUCCAGGUGAACGGGUUCAACUUCCUGCGAUUUUGUUUUCUUGCAUCGAUUGUGCAUCUUGUUGCCCGCUCUCAGGGUUUUCACACCGUCAUCAGAAUUACAUGGCUUC